AUGAAACCUAAAGACUCAGACUCAGACCCAGACCCGAGCCCGGGCUGCAGCUCUGUGCUCAGCAGAAAAUGUUCCUGUGGAAAUGUUGGUGGUCUCUGAAUAAAGUCCCGCUCACUUCCGCCCACUAAUGUCACUGUCUGUCUGUCUGUGGCAACCUGUCUGUCCUCCACUGUCUGUCCUCCUGCAGCCCGGCACUCACACCUGAACCCGGUCUAACUAUGGACGCUCUCCCCUGGAUCCUCUCUGUGCUCUGUGCUGCAGGAGCUCACCUGUCUUCAGCCUCACCUGUCCUCCGCUCGGCCCUGGUGGUCCAGCCUGGGCAGAACGUCUCGCUGACCUGCAACCUGACCUCCAGCAAGGACGUCACCUGGUACGUCCUGCGCUCAGACCAGCUGCUGCCUCUGCUGACAGUCAAGUCCAGCAGGGUGGGAGGAUCAACGGUCGACUUCCACACUGCCAACAAACGUCGCUUCAGCGGUCUGGGGGACGGGGAGAACGGCACGGUCCGCAUGGUCCGCAUGGAGAUCCUGGGGGUUGAGGAGACGGACGCCGGGCUGUACUUCUGCACCGGGAGGCGUGAAGGGGAUGUUCAUGUGGACAGAGGAAUUAAUCUGGUUGUCAACGGAGUCGAUGGAGACUCUGCCAGGCUGCCAUGUUGGAGUCUGGGGAUCUGUGUUCUUCCAGCUUUACUCGUCCUCUUCAUCGUCAUCAUCAUCGGACUCUACCUGUGCUCAGGUAGACCAGCUGCUUGCUGCUGUAGAAGCAACAUGAGUCUGAAGGUUGCAGAGGACGAGUCUCUGCAUUAUUCCAGUCUGAAGCAUCCAGACAAGCCCCGCCUCUCCAGCCGAGGAAAGAAGGGAUUGGCCGAAGACAACGUCACAUACUCGGCAGUGACCAUUCGCCAGAACCCAAACGGAUCACAUGACCGCAAAUAGAGCGGCUCUUUGUUGUCCAAAGGAGGAAAUGUGAUUUCCUUUGAGAUUUUAAACAAUGACUCUUUAAAUAAAGCAAUAAUGAGCUAAAAACUAUAAAUAUAUAAAAUGUCUGAAAUUAUGAAUUUCAGGAACCUUCCCCCCAAAAAACUUUGUAUAUAAAAAUUUUAAUUCUUAAUAUGCUGACGACUGUUCUCUCUAUGAGUGUAAUGUUUUUAUUUAGUUAUGAUUUUUAAAGCUAUUUCACUGACCUUUGUUUAUAUUAAAAUGUGAUACUCUGCUUUGCUUUUAGUUUUAGAGGAUUAGUCGAUAUUUUAUACCACAGAAUAAUGUUAAAAUGUUAAUGGAGCAUUGUUACUGCGUCCAUAUAAUGAUACAACGUUUAUAUGCAGUAAUAUGUAGCAGCCACUGUUUUAUGUAUCUGUCAUUUUUAAUAAAUAAACUCUGAUAAAACAUU